AUGGGGAGUCCUAUCUUAGGUGAUUUAUGCAAAUUAGUAAUACGUCAACUAGAGGAAAAGAUCCUCUCUCUCCAUCUCCCAAGCAUCUUAUUAUACAAGAGGUAUGUGGAUGAUAUCCUCAUUUUAUGGAAUGUUAAGCCAGAUGUAUCAGCCUUCUUAGACUUAGUCAAUGACAACCAAUAUGGCUUAACUCUGAAGCUUGAUCAAGCGCACGACACCCAAGUUUAUUUUCUCGAUAUCAGCAUUGGAGUCGAUGGAAUGAUGAUCUGCACGGAGGUGUACAGAAAACUGGAUUCAGAGACCCUGUACAUACCGAUAGGAUCUUGUGACCCUUUUCAUUAUAAAAUGGCAGCAUUCAACACUUUAAUUAAGAGAGCUUACACUCAUUCCUCAACAAUGCAUGCUCUAGAAACUGAACUUAAGAUUAUAUCUCGUAUAGCUGAGCGCCAUGGAUACCAUAACCAUAUAACUAGCUUGUCCAGGAAACUACACCAUCUCCAAGUAGCUGCGCAAACCACUUCACAUGGGAAAGGAAGACCGGAUCCUAAAGACAGCAUUCCUAUUACAUACAACCCGUUUCUACAAAAGCUUUUCUCUGAGAUUGCUAGGAAGAAAUGCAUCAGCAUCGCAUACAGGAGAUGUCCUAGUGUAUUUGCUCUACUCCAUAAUGCUAAGGAGAGAUACUCUCAACCAGGACGUGCUAUCUGGAGUAUAUAUCAUCCCGCUAAAAGAUCAUACGUGUGA